UGGGAAUUCUCUCGCUCUCCCAUCUGGUUCGCCGAGCACAGCACCGGGGGAUGGAGUGAAGGAAGGAAGUAGGAAAGGAUGGAUCACUCUGAAGAAAAAAGCGCCAAAACGGUUGACAUUUAUCGGGACACAUGGGUCCGCUUCCUUGGAUAUGCCAACGAGGUCGGGGAAGCCUUCCGUGCUCUGGUCCCGGUCAGUCUGGUGUGGGGGAGCUACGCUGUGGCCACUGCCUAUGUCACCGCCGACGCCGUAGACAAAGGGAAGAAAGCAGCUGUGGCUCAUGGAGACAACCCGGGUAAGACGACCCGGGUGGCGGUGGCGGUGGUGGACACGUUUGUGUGGCAGGCCCUCGCCUCGGUGAUCAUCCCGGGCUUCACCAUCAAUCGCGUGUGUGCUGCGUCGCUCUACCUGCUCGGCAGAAGCACCAAGCUGCCCCUGUCCGUCCGCAAGUGGACCACCACAGCCAUCGGCCUGUCCACCAUCCCCUUCAUCAUCACGCCCAUAGACCGGUCCGUCGACCUUCUGCUGGACUCCAGCUUGCGCAAGAUCUACGGCCACGGAGAGAAGCAGGAGUGAGGAGCCCUGCUGCAAUACAGCCAUGUGGACCUUCGCUCCAAAGACAGAGUCAGAACAAAGAUCUCACUCUCACUUCAGAUGUUUAAGAGGAUUCAGCUCAGUGUGAAAUCUCUGUUCUUAAAGAGGAAGUCUUUCUGAGCCAUCUGCGAAGCAAUAUUUAAACAAAACUUUCUUUCAACAUUUGAGUUUUUUUGCCAACACUAGCGCUGGACACAGAAGAAAGCGGAUGUUACUAACUGAAAGGACACACAUGCUGUGUUCACUGGCCAUACAUCAGUACUGUAACGCUAAAUAAGUCUAGAAUAGAGAUCAGAAAAGCCUCUGUAGAACGUCACUGCCCUUUUUGACUUGACUCAUCUAUCUAAUGUCAUUCUGUAACAAUGCCGUCUUUGUCUUAUAGCGAAGGUGGGCAGUUAAAUUUCCACAUUAGAAAAUGGAACGGUUGUGAGGGGCCACCAUCAAAAGAAAGACAGCAAUGGCUACAAAACAUGAUGGCAAAAUAUCCUAAAUAUAUACUUGAGUAACAAGGACAAAAUGAACCUAAAAAGGUCAAAUGUAUUUAAGGAUAUUUAGAAGUGCAAAUAUGCCAAUGAAAAGUAGAAAAUUUCAGACUUUAAACAAGAACAUGCUAUAUUUACUGCUGGAGUGGUGGUGGUGACUAAAAAAGAGAGAAAAAAAAAAACAGAAAAAUACCGACAUAUUAGUUAUGGUUGUAGUCUGAUGUCAAACGGGCCACGAAAAUACAGGCAUCGGGCUGCACAUGGCCCCGGGCCGCACUUUGCCCAGGUCUGCCUUAUAGGGUUCCCAGGUUUUAUUAAAGCUCAAACAAAUGUGACAAUUUAUUUAACUUCAUUUUACAAAUACUAGCAACACUAUUCUGUUAUUAUGACGAUUAUAUAUAUUUGCAGUUAUUGGAAUGAACGCCCAGCAUUUGUUGCCAAUACUUGAAGAGCAUGUGGGAUUUUUGCAUGUUUUUGUUACUUUGUUUACAGAAGCCUCAGAUAUUACUCAGUGAUGUGCGGUCAAUGGCAUCCUGCUGGAUUUCCCCUCUAUGUUUUUGAGCACUUUAGUCGUGGAGAUGGAGCUCAGGGAACGGUUCAUGCCAGGAGGCGUGGUGAAAUGGAGCUUUUGUUACAGUAACGUUUAUUAUGUGUGCACCUUACUGAAAAAAAGUAAAAAUGAAUUGCCAACAAUGGACUUCAAGAGGGCACCACCAAACAUGAAAUUGUUGCGUCACCAAUCUGCAAACACGUAAAAAAAACACACACACACAAAAACUAUUCUCACGUGCUUUUUCUUGUGUUUGAAACCUGAACUUUCCAGCUCACUUCCUUUGUUCUCAAGUUUCUUUGUGUCAAACUUUUUAUGCAAGUUUACAAAAGAGAAUCUCGGGGGAAUUUGGUGUUAUACUCUGGGUACUACGGUUAAUCUGAACAGAAGAACUUCAUUUCUGUUUAAACUCAGACCUUCUGUUAAUGCUGCCUUUUGCUGGAAGUUGCAUGUCCAUGAUAAAGCCAUCAAAGCUGGAAGCAGAGGUUGUUGCUGUGUAUUCUUGUCUUCAGGGUUCCUUGUUUUCACACUAAAGUGCUGUUUAAACCCUCAGUCAGUGGUGCAACACAUGAACACACCCCAGACCUCUGCAUGGCUGUCAGUGUGCUGAGAUAGAGCUGAGAGCAGGGACAGAACGCUGAAAAGGGAACCCGUGUCAGGCUCUAUAUUUUUCCAUGUGUCGUCUUAACGGUGUUGCUGAACUAUGCAAAAAUUAAGUUAAGGGAAUGUUUCUACUUGUUUUCUGUACAUCCGGGUGAAAGGGAACUCAUAGGUGCUGUCAGUGUCACGACAGCGGUUGCUCCACAUGAUGUUUAUGCUCUCGGACGUCAAGGCUAGAGACGAGACUGGUCCACUCUUUACAAGCUUGUCUCUGGUGUGCAGUGGUCAGUAGCUGUCAAAGAGCUUGUGCCAUGAGCCAUGACAAGGCAGCGCAAACAUGGAGCUCUCACUCUUCCAUCAGACUGAACUUUGUCCAUUGUGGCCUACGGCUACUGACCGCUGCACACCAGGACCAGGAGCACGGUGGUACUCAGGCGGUCAUAAUGUUUCAGAGUGUGGCAGAAGUGGUCACGUGACACAAUUUGUUUUUAAACAGAGCAAGACAUGAUGGUGCGGCCGACAGUGAGCGCCUCCUGCGAGUGACACGCUUGUUUUUAUGUGUUUGGGAACAUGUUCUCCAGUGAAUUUACUCACCUACAAAAGCACAUGAGUCUGUUUCACUCCAUGUAACUUCAGCAAGUUUAAAUCUAUGCACAGCCACUCCACUGCUCCACUGUCAAUUGACUCUUGUGAAAUAUUCAUUUAAACAUUUCAGUUCUUUGUGUUUACGUUGGUUACGUGGUGUCAGACUUUUGAAAUGUGAUGCUCAAUGGGUGAAACACUGGAGGGGAAAGUUGUUGAUAAAUAAAACUUUU